AUGAAUGCUCCAGAUAGAUUUGAACUAUUCAUAUUACCCGAUGGACUUGAAAAGAUAAAAAUUACACCAGAUUCAAAGGUCCCCAAUGCCGCCAUCGUGAAAAUCGAGAGAGAAGACCAUACUCUAGCUAAUUUGUUAAGGGCACAGCUCCUUAAAGAUGACGGUGUUAUUUUUGCUGCUUAUAAGGUGGAGCAUCCUUUAUUCGCAAAUUUCGUUUUAAGAAUCCAGACUGAAGAUGACUAUUCACCAAAAGAAGCCUUGAGAAAUGCUUGCUCGGGCCUUAUUGCCGAAUUGCAAGCAAUCAAGGACAAGUUCCAAAGAGAAUGGGCUUUGAAGGUUUUGUUGACGCACAACGAAGAUGAGUAUUGA